AUGGAACUCGAUCGGACGGCCGACAACGAUCACUUUCCCGAUUUCCAGGAGAGCUCCGACGACUCGAGCCGCAACUUACCGGAAAGGAAGCUCCGAAGAAAUGAUUCAUUGGACGUCGAAUCCCGCACCGUCCCCGGCGCCGGCGCCCAUGGCCACAAGGCGGCGGGGGCGGCGGCGACGGCGAGCUGGGGAGUGAUUUUACAUCUGGCUUUUCAGAGCGUGGGAGUUGUGUACGGCGAUAUCGGAACGUCGCCGUUGUAUGUGUAUGCAAGCACAUUUACGGAGGGAAUCAAGCAUAACGACGACGUUUUGGGGGUCCUGUCUUUGAUUCUCUACACCCUCACUUUGAUCCCUUUGCUGAAGUAUGUCUUCUUCGUCUUGCAAGCCAAUGACAACGGCGAAGGUGGGACAUUUGCAUUAUACUCAUUGCUGUGCCGAUACGCAAAAAUCGGGCUGAUACCAAAUGAACAAGUGGAAGAUCAAGAAGUAUCGAAUUUUCAGGUGGAGCUUCCCACUAACCGCCUUAAAAUGGCUUCUUCCCUUAAAUCUAAACUUGAAAACAGCCGCCCCGCCAAGAUUUUCUUGCUCUUCGCCACCAUGCUCGGCACUUCCAUGGUCAUUGGCGACGGCGUUCUCACUCCUUCUAUCUCCGUUUUGUCGGCUGUUGGAGGAAUUAAGAAUGCUACCUCGACUAUGACACAAGACAAAAUAGUUUGGAUAUCAGCAGCAAUAUUGGUUUGCCUAUUCAUUGUACAAAGAUUUGGAACCCAUAAAGUUGGAUAUUCCUUUGCUCCAAUUAUUUGCAUUUGGUUUGCACUUAUUGGUGGCAUUGGCUUCUACAACUUUUUGAAAUUUGACCCUGCUGUUAUCAAAGCUGUUAAUCCAAAAUACAUUUUUGACUAUUUCAAAAGAAACAAAAAGGAUGCUUGGAUCUCUCUUGGCGGUGUCGUUCUUGCCAUUACAGGGACUGAAGCUCUAUUUGCGGACGUGGGGCACUUCACUGUGAUGUCCAUAAGACUAAGCAUGUGUUGCGUGGCCUACCCUGCCCUUGUCUCUGCCUACGUCGGCCAAGCCGCCUUUCUUCGUAAGCACAUAGAUCUCGUCUCCGACACCUUCUUUAGCUCCAUUCCAGGUCCCCUCUACUGGCCAACGUUCGUGGUGGCGGUGCUCGCCUCCAUCGUUGCCAGCCAAGCCAUGAUCUCUGGCACCUUCUCCAUCAUCCAACAGUCCCUCUCCUAUGGCUGUUUCCCUAGAGUUAAAGUUGUUCAUACUUCUUCCAAGUAUGAGGGCCAAGUUUACAUCCCUGAAGUUAACUAUCUUCUUAUGUUGGCUUGUCUUGGAGUAACUCUUGGGUUUAAAGAUACAACGCGAAUUGGGAACGCUUACGGCAUUGCAGUGGUAUUUGUAAUGGCACUCACAUCAAGUUUCCUAGUGCUCAUCAUGAUUAUGAUAUGGAAAUCUCACGUACUUGUCAUAAUCUCCUAUGUUCUCACCAUUGGUUUAUUAGAGCUUUUCUAUCUAAGUUCAGUCCUUUACAAGUUUGAUCAAGGUGGCUAUCUUCCUUUAGCUUUUUCUGCCUUUUUAAUGACAAUAAUGUACAUUUGGAAUGAUGUUCAUAGAAGAAAAUACUACUAUGAACUUGAACAUAAGAUUUCUCCUCAAAAACUCAAGGACAUUGCUUCUCUCACAACUCUCAAUCGUGUCCCUGGCCUUGCCUUGUUCUACUCUGAGCUUGUCCAAGGCAUUCCACCAAUCUUCAAACAUUAUCUAGCCAAUAUUCCCACUCUUCAAAGGGUCCUCAUUUUCGUCUCGUUCAAGUCCCUCCCGAUAAGUAAAGUCCCGAUGGAAGAGCGGUUCCUGUUUCGACGAGUCGAGCCUAAUGACCUUAACGUGUUUCGAUGCGUGGUGAGAUACGGUUACAGAGAUAUCAUCCAUGAACAAGAGUCGUUCGAGAGAGUGCUAGUGGAGAGAUUGAAAAUGUUAAUAGAAGAGGAGUCGUGGAAGCUACAAAACGACGAUGACGACGAUAGAGCUGAGGAGAGAAGGAAGAGAAUAGGAGAGGAGAUAGAGGUGGUUGAUAGAGCUUGGAGAGAUGGAAUAGUUCACUUGAUUGGACAAAAUGAAGUUGUGGCAAGUAAAGGGUCAGGGUUAGCAAAAAGGGUUUUGAUCAAUUAUGCUUAUAAUGCAUUGAGGAGAAAUUUGAGACAAAGUGAAGAGGUCUUUUACAUCCCUAGAAAACGUAUGCUCAAAGUGGGAAUGACUUAUGAGCUUUAGGGGUUUUGUUUAUUGGAGACCAAAAAUCUAUCAAUGACUCCCUAGUUUGCUUACUAGAGCUUUUCUCAUUCGUAUAGAAAUGAUCAGGUGAAGUUCUAAAAGAUAAUGAAGUCGACCUAUUAAUUGAACCUCUACGCUAGCAAAUCGUCUGAGUUUAGAAACAUCUUUUCAAAUUCUUCUUUGCAAGAGACAUCCCAUUGAGGUUUAAUGAUGUCUAUGGAAAGCUUUAUAUAAAAAGUUUGUAUGUAUUUGUGUGUUUUUGAGAUGUAUAUUUCUCAAAUAUCAUUGUAAUGAAAUUAGUGCAAAAUGUGUUUCCCUUCCUAA